AUGAUCUUCGGGCUCGCUAUUUUUACGGGAGGCUUCUUUUGGCAAGCUGCUUCCGAAAGCUACGACUCCCUGCUAGCAGCUCGCAUAAUUGGCGGCUUGGGAGGCGGUGUUGUCGAGUCCAUGGGCCCAAUGAUUGUCGUGAUCCUGUUUCCGCCGGAGUAUCUUGAUCGGGCUAUGAGCGUCUACACCUGGUCACUCGGCGCCGGCACCGUCUUCGGUCCCCUCUUUGUUGGCUACCUGAUUGAGGGACUCGGCAGCUGGCGUUUUCCGCAGUAUCUUUUCGGCAUCAUGUCGGCACUCAAUAUGGUCGGCUCCAUCCUCAUGUUCCCCGAGCCCAUCAUGAACAUACGCGUCCGAGGGGAACCGCCUCUGUUCUCUGCCCCAGACCCGAGCUGCGGAGAUGAAGCCCCGAUCUCUAAGAGAGGACUCAGCGGCUGGCUGUCCAUGGCCAUGGCACCAUACCGCAUGCUGGCCGUGCCUGCUGUGGUGCUCACCGUCUUGCUUUUUGGUGUGUCCAUCUCCACCAACAUAGCAACUUCCAUCCUCGUUUCCUUGAUAUUCUCAAAGCCCCUUAUGUUGUGGUCCACUGAUCUUGUCGAACUGUUCAACCUAUUUGUGCUCGGAGGCCUCUGCGCAGGGAUCCUCAUCGGCGGCUUGCUGUCCGACAAGAUGAUCGCCUCAUACACUCGGCGCAAGGGGUAUCACAAGCCCGAGUCGGCGUUGCCACUUUUUCUACCGCUUGGCAUCGUCAUCCCGCUAUCUACUGUGCUGACUGGGUACGGUUUGGCAAAUGGAUGGCACUGA